AGCUUCUGAGUUCGAGUAGAGCUAAGAAGAAGAAAGAGAGGCGCGCAAUCGAGGCAGGCAGAGGAGCUCCGCCGCUGGCAACCAUGGACGCUAAGAAACACGUAGCCAAUUUCGGCGCCGGACCGGCGAAACUCCCGCGAUCGGUAUUAUUGGAAGCCCAGAAAGAAUUGGUGGAUUACAAAGGCCUUGGUAUUAGCGUCCUUGAAAUGAGUCACAGAACAUCUGAUUUUUCAAAAAUCCUCAAAGCCGCUGAAAACUGCUUACGUGAACUCCUCAAUAUACCAGACAAUUACAAAGUGAUAUUUCUCCAAGGUGGUGGAUCUGGCCAAUUCAGUGCCAUUCCACUUAAUCUCAUUGGGCUUAAAGAAGCCAGGUGUGCCGAUUACGUGGUUACGGGAGGUUGGUCAGCCAAAGCAGCAAAGGAGGCAGAGAAAUAUGCAAAGGUGAACCUUGUGCAUCCCAAGCUUUCAAGUUACACAAAAAUUCCUGACCCAAGCACCUGGAACCUUAAUCCAGAUUCCUCUUAUAUCUAUUAUUGUGCUAAUGAGACUGUUCAUGGUGUGGAGUUUGACUUUGCACCUGAUGUUGGGAAAGCAGUUUUAGUUUGUGAUAUGUCAUCAAACUUUCUCUCCAGACCAGUGGACGUUUCAAAGUUUGGUGUCAUUUUUGCUGGUGCCCAAAAAAAUAUUGGUUGUGCUGGAGUCACAGUGGUAAUAGUGCGUGAAGAUUUACUCGGGUAUGCUCUGAAAGAGUGCCCCAUUGUGUUGGACUACAAAGUGCAAGUAGAAAACUCUUCGUUAUACAACACACCUCCAUGCUACAGUAUCUACAUCAUGGGCUUGGUCUUGGAGUGGAUAAAAAACAAUGGCGGUGUUAUGGCUAUGGAUAAACUAAGCCAAAAGAAAUCCCAAAUGAUUUAUGAUAUUAUCGACAAAUCUAAAGGAUUCUAUGCAUGCCCCGUGGAAUUGAAGAGCAGAAGCAGAAUGAAUGUGCCUUUCCGGAUUGGCAGUAUUAAGGGUGAUGAAGCUCUAGAAAAAGAAUUCCUUGAAAAAGCUGUAGAAAACAACAUGAUAUCCCUGAAAGGUCACAGAUCUGUGGGAGGAAUUCGGGCAUCUUUGUAUAACGCGGUGACGAUUGAAGAUGUUGAGAAGCUGGCAACAUUGAUGAAAAGCUUCAUGAAGCUGCAUUCAUAACAAACUAAAGUUGUGGUGAACCGCUUUUGAAAUAAACCAGCAAAGAAUUAGUAACUAGAAAACAGUUAAUAUAAAAUAUUUCAUGGAAUUAUAUUUUUGAAACAAAGAUGUUGGUAUUUUUUCUGGCCAGUCAAAUAGGCAUAGCAGUUUUGGCUGACUUGAAGACAGCCAAGCUGCACAUUUCAUCCUAAAACCAAUGCUUGUUUCUGUGACUGUUCAGUGGUCCAUAAAACGAUUGGUAAGAUUUUAAUUUUUAAACAGAUUAUAUUGAUCAUAGGAUACCAAGAAUUCUCUGAAACAUUAAGUCUCAGUGACACCCACAAUCCAAUCUUGUAUAAAACAUAUUUAAAUAUACUUUGUUACAUUUCCCCCGACAUUUAGUUCUGCCUUGAUUUAUUUAAUUUAAAGUCUAAAUCUUCAGAAAGGCUGCCAUAAGCUUGAGCUGGCCACUUUUUCAAUGCCUGAUCAUUCCAAGUACAUAUCACUAAAAGUGCCUAAGAAAAUUGCUGCCAGUUGUGCAGACCGCAGGCCUCAAUCUGGCAAAUAUUUUGAAACAAUACACCUAAUGAAUUGAAGGCCUGGCUCUAUUGUUAUUUUCUAACUGUUAGUAUAUAGUCAACUAUACCAAGGUGGAGGAUUUUUUUUACUUUUAAAAUAGUACAUUUUAAAUCAUUUUGGCAAUUUUAUGUUCUCAGCAUGAAAGUAAAAAAAAAUUCCUAUCCAUUUCCCUUUUGAAGUCAACAUUACUUUCAUGUUUUUAUAAAACAGUUGACCCCAAGGUUUCCCUUAUUGAUUACUUUUGGUCAGAUGUAUAAUUUUGUUUUUUUAGAAAAGGCAGCAGCAGUAAACUGAGAUUAAGUGUGUGCUACACACUUAAUUUAUAAAAUCAAACUUAAAAGAUUGGAAGGAUCCAUGGAGAUCAUCUAGUCCAACUUCUUUCCCACUGCAUUGUUCCUCUCCUCAGCCUUGGAUGGUCUCCAUCUAGGAGAAUUGGCUCCUGUGAAGCAACUCAUAUUCUUUAAUUUUGAAUGCCAUCUUCAUAUAUUGUGAUCUUCAUACAUUCUCUAUAUUUACAUUCCCAAUCCAAUUCUUUCACUUGUCUAAUAAUGUUUCUCUUAAAAAAAGUAAAACAAUAAGACCCUUAUAAUUAACUAUAUUUCUAAUUUAUAACAUUGAUCAUCUCCCCAGCUGUUUUUUUUUAAAUAGCACAUUAUAAGUAGGAUUAUAAAUUGGUUGUUUGAUCAGUUUCAUCUCCUUAAAAUGGAAGUUUUAUCGAACAAGGAACAGAAUUUCCAACUGAAUGCAGAAUUUUAUUGCAUUCAAUAUGGGGGCAGAAUUAUAUUUGGGUAGAAGACCACCUGUUGUGUCCUGCGAGAAGCAUUGAGGAUUAUAUGAAGGUGGAAAAGAUAUCCAUCUGCAGAGUAAACUGUAUUUUUCUUAAUUCCAACCAUUUUUAAUCAGAUGUUAUAUCUCUCCAAUCACAUCUGGAUUUAAAAGGAUUACAUUUUGAGGGAUGUUCUGUCUUCCACAGUAUCUGCCUGUCCUAUGAUGACAGUUGAUAUACUUUGGGUCUUUCUAUUACAAAUAUCUGAUAUCAUGGUGCUUGCCGCCUGGAACAACCCUAUCUGAGAUUUGUAUAUGUCUUGUUAAAACCUGGUUCUUCAAAUGUGGCAUUUAAAACAAGCUUUGAAUUAAAUUUAGUAGCAGUCUCCUUUGAUGAGAUGUUGGUUUUACUUUCCAGACACAUGCAAUUUUAUUUUCCCAGUGUUGUUCAUUUGUUUUUAAUAUUGUAUGUUGCUCAGAGUCACUAUGAAAUCAGUCAACUUUAUAAGUGGGAUAAAUACAUUUUAAAUAAGAAUUGGCUACUUGAGUUUAAGACUAAAACUGCACAGCAUUCCUUUAGAAACUGCAUUGCGCACCAUUCUGUACAGUAUUAACAUUAUUUAAACAUCUUUACUAUACUUAAUAAUAUCUCUUGUUUAUUUCUUGGCAUAAGGUCUGAAGUAGAUGUCCAUGUACCCAUUUAAAGGUGUGCAUGCUGAUUUUAAAAUAGCAAUGUUUUAUUUUUUGUAUUCCACU